AUGGCGACGUUGCUUUCCCUUAAUCCUUUACUGGUGACUUUGCUGCAGAUGUGCCUUGUCCCUUUGUACCUCACGAUAAAGCUGUACUGGUGGCGGUUUCUGUCUAUGAGGGGAGGCUCCUCUGCUGUUAUUAGUUACACCCUCUUCAGCACCCAGAAACCUCUUUCAGGGCAAACACCACGACUGGUCUACAAAUGGUUUCUGCUAAGCUACAAGACCAGCUGUGCACUUGGUAUAGUUGGCUAUCUGGCCAUCAAAUUUACAAUGUGUGGACUCAGUCUAAUACUGAAAAUCAAAUCUAGAGAGUCCAUGGAUUUGGGGAUUGGAUCCUUGUUCUAUGGCCUUUACUAUGGGAUAAUGGCUCGAUUUGCUGAGAUCUGCUCAGACUAUAUGGCAUCUACCAUAGGGCUAGUCAUCAGCGAUCGCCUGUGUCUGGCAUCUCUGAACACACACUUCGGGCUGCAUGACCCUGAGAAUUUCCAUCCUGGUCCUCCUGUGUCCUAUGCCCGCCUGAAGUGGGGAAUGUGUUUGUUGGCGCUGACGGGCCCUCCCUCAGUGCCCCUGAGCUGGCCCUGCAAGAAAAGGCUUCUCAGAUACUACUCCAGCUCAAAAGCAGUGAAGGCCCCAGGCCCCGGGCGCUGUGCGGCAGUGUCUGAGGUGGUCAUCCUGUGUGCCCUCGAUGGCAGGGGCCCUCCUCGCCACCAGUGUUCUUUCCUUUCCCUGGUGGUUCUACAGGGAGAGCGGGAUCCCCACGCCGUUUUGGGGGCAGACGAAGAAGGGCUCGUGGAAGACACCCACCCGUUUUCAUGCAAGCAUGUCUUUCAUGAAUUCUGCAUCUGAGGUUGGUGUAUCGUAGGGAAGAAGCAGACUUGGCCUUACUGCGAAGAGAAGGUUGACUUGAAGAGGAUGCUCAGCAACCCCUGGGAAGGCACACACACGCUCUAUGUAAAGAUCUCAGACUGGCUUCAUUACGUGGUGGCCCGGCUCAGGGCAUUAACUGUUUCCUGAAGCUGGGAUAGCA